AUGGCAGAGCAGAGAGCACAAGAUGUGGUAAACCAAUCUCAGUCGGUGGGCGAUCUCUCGCCUUCCGACGCACCUGCGACCACCUCUACACCUGAUAUCAAAGUGUCUGGGGACGAUAUUGGCAGGGAUAAUGUUGUGGUGGAAACAGAGGUUGCGCCAAAAGAGAAUGGAAUCCACACAGUGUCAAAUCUCAAAAUGGAAGAACUCGAGGAUGGUUCUGCUCGAUCAGACACAGAUACCAGCCGCGCCGAGGGGAGUGUCGCUGGUGACAAAGCCACAGAGUACAAACCUUUGAAGAAAUUCGCUGCCAAACCUGUCACCUUCGCAAAGUAUUCGGUGCCUAAGACCAUCGCUGCGAGCGCCGCUGCAAAAGUCAACGAGAAAACCCCUACUCCCCAUUCCUCAACCUCGUCCCUCGCCCAGACAGGUCGUCCACGAUUAGUCGCCAAAACCACGAGCUCCUUACAGUCUAAGACAAAAUCCUAUCAAAGCGCCAGCCCAGAUCCUAUGCAGGUAUGGAACAAAAACAGAGUUACCCCACAACCUUCCACCAAGCACUUGACCGAUGAAGAGCUUAAGCAGCAAUAUGGAAUCCAUUUGACCUCGCGAAUUCAAGCAGACAGUGAAGGGAAAGAAGCGAAGUGGGCAGACAUUGAUGACGACGAAGAUGACUGGGCUCCAGAAACCAUUGAAUGGAACGACGGCACCAAGAGCACACUAACUCAUGCCGACGUCACUGCUCAAACCGCACAAAAACCCGCGUCCCCUUCUGAAGCUGGAGAUAAGUCUAAGCUUGUCAGUACCUCGAAGGCCCCGGCACCCCAAUUCGCUAGUUCAGUCGGUCCUAAUGCGACCGUACUCAAACUGGGCGCAAAUGCCGAACGGCAACAGGCGCAGAAGGCCGCGACUCUUCAGGCUAAGACCCCGACCGACAGACCAUCGAUCCUUACGAAGGCGACUCCAGCACCAACCCCCGCAAAAUCCCCUUGGGCUCCAUUGCCACCGGUCGACAAGAUCUCUCCAGUUGCGAUCAAUCCUCAGCCAAUACUGCCGUCAGGCCGAUUUCUGCCUAGCCACCCAUAUGCGCAAAGUCCAUCUUCACUGACGGCGCCGUCGCCGGCCAAGGAGAUCUCGGCGGAUGACUUUAACCGCUCAUGGCGAGAUUCAUUACCAGGUCAACAACGAGAAUUGUACGUACCGGGUUCUGGACGUUAUGAAGCUGUGUCGGAACCCCGACGACGGAUGUCAAGGAAUGAUCAAGGUUUCCGGGCUCCUGCGGUGUUGCAAAGACCAAGCCAAAACGAUGCACAUGCUCCUGCCGAACCUUCACCAGCCUUCCAGACCCAUCGAACCAGCACUGAUCAAGCACGACGUAGAGCGUCGUCUACUAUUUCUGGAGGCAGCGGGCAAUUUGGUCGACGCAUGUCCAUAAAGUCGGGAGAGUUGCCUACUCCGAGCGUUGACUCUCAGAGACACGACCUUGAUUCAGCAGUCCGGCCAACUUCAAGAGAUGGCCCGCUUUCCGCAACUCAGACGCCGACGUACCAGGUUCGCGGGGCGGGUGAUUACAUGUCUGUCAACCCUACCUCUGCAACAGAUGCGGACAUUGAAGCCCAACGCCUUCAACAAAGAGCUUUGAUGAAAGAGAAGAUUGAACUGGCCAGAAAGCGCAAAUUAGAAGAAGAGCAACGAGCGGAGGCCGAGAAACAAGAGCGUAUUCGUCAGAAGCUGGCGUCACUUGGACCCGACCCAAAGCUUGCUAAAAAGUCGGAGGAGGCGGCAAAAGAAAAAGUAGCCCCAGAAAUUGAAGCAAAGAAGGACAUGGAGCAGUCUCCAGUAUCUGCGCACCCCCCUUCUGCGACUGUGAGCACGAUGAUGACCACGACCACUACUCACUCCCCACCCAAGCCACCUCAGCCGCUUGCUUCUGGCGAGCCACAACAGUACGGCAUGAUGAAAGUGCAUCCCUUGGAUUCCGUCAAAAAGAUGGCUACGUCGUUACAACGGCCAACGGAGUCGCAGAGAUUACCUGUUCGAGAAAAGGUCGAAGCCAGCACAGCUGAUCAAGGCAAACAGGAAACAUUACAGGUCCCUUCUCCCACCAUAAAUGGUGUGAGAACCGUGCCGGAUGCGCGACGAACGAGUGUUCCAGAGCCAGCUUCUGUUUCUGAGCCGAGUCCCAAGUUGCCCAAACCAAGCACAGUUGGCAACGAUGCAAGAAGCGGAUGGGGAGAUGUACGCCAUGAUCAUCGCGCUGCCCAAACGGCCAACCUUUGGGGCCUGCCCAACAACAAGGCUCUCGGCAAUGGUACCUUUGAUCAAAGCCUAGCAGGAUAUUCGCCGCAAGAUCUGUCAAGGACAUCUUCCACAGCCGCAGGUUGGAUGAAUGGUCGAACGCCUCACUCCGGCCGCUCGCCGCAGAUUCAGCAUGUCAAUCACAUCCUUGCAGAUAACAGAUCGUAUUCGUAUCAGUCAGUGACCUCUCCCGAUCAGGGCCCGCUCGCAGCUGAUAGCGAGGCCGACUCGCUGUUUCCCACGACGAAACCUGCGCCUAUCGCUCCCCCUCAGCCUCAACAAAUCCAUCCUGGCAUGAAUGGUUUGCCCCACGGGCAGAGGCCAAACGGUGUGGAUGGUUGGAACAACUUUCAUGCACUUGCAAGUCAGCAAGAACGUGCAGAAAGUGAGAGAAUACAGCGGGAGAUGGCAGCCAGACGUGAGGAGGAAUUACGGACUGGUAUCCGGCAGGGCCCUGCUUACACCUUUAAUGAGACUUGGAAACAGGUCCAGGUUGGUGAUCAAGCACAGCGAUCAAUAUCUGGCGUCUCGCAGUCGUCCGUGCCUGCUUCCAACGUCUUUGGUGCGGUAGGGUCGUUACCUAGUACGGAUAUGGGCCCACGAAUUAUGAAUGGACCUGCUGGUCGUGGCUCGCGAUUCUUCCCUCAACCCAUCGGAGCGCAACAUCCUCUUCAUGAUCGACGUGCAGUCACCUACAGCCACCCUGAACCGCCGAGAACACCAUCGCCGCCUCCUGCCGAGGAAUAUGCAAGCCUUCACCCUGCUUUCGACGGAGACUUCACCAGACCAGUUGUGCAUUUCCCACAAAAGCCUGUGGUCAAAUUACCACCAGCUAUGCCACCCACACCACCGAGCCCUGUACACGUCCAGCCCGAUCCUGCUCCGGCUACGCAACUGACUUGGGCAGCAAGAGUGUCAAUGCCACCACCCCCUGCGGCAACGCUCCGAUCAGUCUCCACUCCGAUCGUUCAGAAUCCUUCGUGGCAGGAACGAUUUAAUGGCUUACUGGGCAAGAAGAGUUCCCCCGCACGGGAGACUGCUCAGCCUGUUGGAACAGUUCUUGCAGUUGCGUCGUCGACUAGAGAGCCUCUUGACGUUCAACAUGUACUUGUUCCUGCUGCCUCAGUUUCCCUUCCUGUCGAAGCCGGGCCAACAACGCUGUCCAACGACACGUCGGUCACAACUAAGGAUGUCGAGAGUGAGGACGAUCUUUUUGAGGACAGAGAACUAGGCUCACUACCGGCCAUCAAGUUCCCAUUGGAGACGCCGAUGCUGCCAAUGUCGCCUUUCCCCCCAUCAAAGACAGUGGCUCCUUUCCCUGAGAUUACGUCGGUAGCACCUUUCAUGGUCAACAACUGGUUCGAGCGGCACCGUUCCGCAGGCCCCCAAUUCGCGCUAAUCAAGUUCCCUGGCCCGUCGAAGGCCAUCAAAAAGGAGUUGCCGGCGCGAGGAUCGUUGGCGCCACAUCUUGGUGGUAAGCAACGGUAUGGAAGCGGCCCUCCUAGCUCGUCAGGUUCUUUUAGCAGCAAAGGUUAUCGAAGCAGAGGCGGACCACGGUCCAGACAGGCAUCGAAGGCUCACUGA